AAAGAAAUAUGAAGUAUGCGAGAGAGAGGAGUGUCUUGUUCUCGUUUAUGGAGGAUCAAAGCGGAGAAGCUGAAGGACAAGAACAACAAAUACAACCUUCACUCUUUCAUCAUUUCAUUAUUUAAUAACAAUUAUUAUUCUCAAUGGGCAAGACUCCUUUCUCCUUUCGUCGCUCCGCCUCUCGCCGCCGCCCCAAGAAGACCGCCGCCCCGCCCCCUCCUCCCUCUCCGCCGCAACAUCCCUACGCGGCCGGAUUCGCCGCCUCACCCGACGACAACAACCGUCUCAUCGCCGCCGCCGCCGGCAGCAGCGCCUUGACGAAGGCGAAGAAGAAGACCGGCAACGUCCGCUUGUGGAUGAGGUUUGACCGGUCCGGCCGGUCAGAACUGGUGGAGUUGGAGAAGAACGCCAUCGUCCGCCACGCAGCGAUUCCCGCUAGAGACUUGCGAAUUUUGGGGCCCGUCUUCUCCCACUCCUCCAACAUCCUCGCUAGAGAGAAAGCAAUGGUGGUUAAUUUGGAGUUUAUAAAGGCAAUUGUGACUGCUGAAGAAGUGUUAUUGCUUGACCCUCUUCGGCAGGAGGUUCUUCCCUUUGUUGAGCAACUCAGGCAACAGCUUCCUGGCAAAAGUCAACCUAAACUUCUCGGCGGCACGGAAGAGCAGGAAGGCGAAAUGCAUGUCUCUAAUGGAAGACAAUGGUUGCCUACACCGGAGGCAGCCGAUGGUUUGCAGUCUGAGCUUCCGUUUGAGUUUCAAGUUCUGGAGAUUGCUUUGGAGGCUGUGUGUACUUAUCUGGACUCGAAUGUGGCGGACCUUGAGCGAGGUGCUUACCCUGUGUUGGAUGAAUUGGCUAGGAAUGUUAGCACCAAGAAUCUUGAGCAUGUGCGGAGUUUGAAGAGUAAUCUUACGCGGUUGCUGGCACGAGUGCAGAAGGUGCGAGAUGAAAUUGAACAUCUGUUAGAUGACAAUGAAGAUAUGGCACAACUAUAUUUGACAAGGAAGUGGUUGCAGAAUCAACAAUUUGAGGAGGCUCAUUUGGGUGCCACAACCUCAAAUAACUUUCCUAAUACCUCACGUUCUGUUCGUCAACUUGGUUCUAUCAGAAGUGAAAGUCUUGUGACCAGCCAUUAUGAGGAUGAUAACAAUGUGGAGGACUUGGAGAUGUUGCUUGAUGCAUAUUUCAUGCAGUUGGAUGGAACUCGUAACAAAAUAUUAUCAGUUAGGGAGUAUAUUGACGACACUGAAGACUAUGUCAACAUCCAACUUGAUAACCACCGAAAUGAACUUAUUCAGCUGCAGUUGACGUUGACUAUUGCAUCAUUUGCUAUUGCUAUUGAAACUUUGAUUGCUGGUGCAUUUGGUAUGAACAUUCCUUGUAACUUAUAUAACAUUGAUGGAGUAUUUUGGCCCUUCGUUUGGACCACGUCUGCGGCUUGCGUAUUACUUUUCUUGCUUAUUUUAGCAUAUGCAAGAUGGAAGAAGUUGCUGGGAUCAUAAGGCAAGGCUGUUGUGUGACAAUUGGCAAUUUGAAUCUCCGCAGCGAGUGAUCUGAAGAACAGACACAAAUGUGUCACCGGAGAAGUGGCUUAGGAAGCAACUAUCUUAAUUUCUGACAAAAAUUGUAAUAGUUGAUGUAUAGGAUGUUCCAACAUUGCUUUUAGCAUCAUAUAUUUUAUAGCCGAUACUAUUCACAGCAUCUUUUUUAAUUUACAAAGUUUAUGGUGUCAUGUGCA